CGCCAUCAUCCAGUGUUACCUUUGACGGUCGAAUGCGCGGUCGUUCGCCGUCGACAUCAGUGACGUCGAUGUCGACACUCGUGUAACACGUCUAUGAUGUUUCGGUGAUCUCAAAGUCGGACUCGCGACAACUUAUUACCUAUCGAAUGCUGGAACACAGUGACAUAUUCACAUCUCGCCACCCUGGAAUUGGAUUUUUUUGAUUGACUUGUGAAAGUGACAUUAAGGAUUUUUUGGUGUUUUUGAACAGUGCAGUGUACCCCCAAAAAGGAUUGCUUCGAAGUGACAAAAUUGGAUUAUGAACACAAUAUUCCCGGAGCGAACGCAAGGAUCUGUGAAAGUGAUUUAAUAAAAGGGGUGCGUUAGGACGACAGGACGGCGAACUCUAAUAGUACGGCUGGGUACGCGGGGUCCACCAUCAGCUACACGGGAGCACAGGCUCCCGACACUGGCAAGCACAACCAUCUGCACGGGACCAUAGGAUACCGAGUAAACGCCCCUAGCGGCUAUGGGUGCGCCGGCGGUUCGGGCGCGAUGAGCGGCGGCGGCGAGAACGCGCAGUUCGGCGCCACCGCCGCCAUGGUCGCCGCGGCCACCACGGCCGCGAUGCAGGACUCGCAGCCAUUCUCCCAGGUCCGUACUCCGGUACACGCUACACACUACGCACCGAUGCAAAACAACAUGACUAUGGGAAAUCCCCAGUAUGGGGCGAUGAACGGCUACGGCCAGCAACGCAGCCAUAAUCCGGCCAUGACGAGCAUGGGAAUGGGUGGAAACGGCGGCAUGAACGGCAUGACCAGCAUGGGUCAGAUGGGCAAUGCAGCCAUGAACGGAAUGAAUGGCAUGAACCCCAUGGCGCAGAUGGCCAACAUGGGCUUACACGCCAACAUGAUGCCGAGUCAGAUGGGCCCCGGGCAGAUGGGCGGCUCGGCUAAAAUGGGACCAGGCUACCAAAGGCGACACACGCCUUAUCCCUCUGGGAAUAUGCUCAUGGGACAGCGGAAGUCUCAGUAUAUGAGUGGUCAGCCAGCGUUUGGCCCGACUCAGUACCCCGCUGGGUAUGGUGGCAGGCCGAGCUUCCAAGGCCAGUACCCUCCUCAGCAACCCCUCGGGCCGAGUGGCAAUUUUGGCGCAGCGAUGAGAGGAACUAUGAGGCAAUCAACGCCACCGUACACGAAUCAAGGGCAGUACUUCAACGGUGGUGUGCCCAGUCAAUUCCCUCAGCACCAGGGUGGAACUGCGCAGUACGGCGGCCAGUAUGGUGGUCAGUUUGCCCAAGAAGUGGCUAUGAGGACCAACAUGUCGUACCAGCACAGUCCAGUACCAGGAAACCCUACUCCGCCGCUCACGCCAGCCAGCAGUAUGCCACCAUACAUUAGUCCUAAUGGUGACGUGAAACCUCAUUUCAACGAGCUCAAACCACCGAUGGGCAUGCAAAAUGACGAGCUCCGGUUAACAUUCCCCGUAAGAGAUGGUAUUAUACUACCACCAUUUAGAUUAGAACAUAAUUUAGCUGUUAGUAAUCAUGUAUUCCAAUUGAAACCAACGGUCCAUUCAACAUUAAUAUGGAGGUCGGACCUUGAGUUACAACUAAAAUGCUUCCACCACGAGGAUCGGCAGAUGAACACAAACUGGCCGGCGAGUGUUCAAGUUUCUGUCAACGCAACUCCAUUAGUCAUAGAUAGAGGAGAGAACAAAACAUCACACAAACCGUUGUACCUGAAAGAAGUGUGCCAGCCGGGCAGAAACACGAUACAGAUCACCGUCUCCGCCUGCUGUUGUUCGCAUCUGUUCGUAUUACAAUUAGUACACCGGCCGAGCGUGCGGAGUGUGCUGCAAGGCUUGCUAAGGAAACGGUUGUUGACGGCCGACCACUGCAUCGCUAAAAUUAAAAUGAACUUCAACCAGACGCCAACGAACGGAAGCAACGGUUCAAACACGGCAAACGACAGGGACAGUGUCGAACAAACCGCUUUAAAAGUGUCGUUAAAAUGUCCAAUCACGUUCAAGAAAAUCACGCUGCCUGCGCGUGGGCAUGAGUGCAAACACAUACAAUGCUUUGAUUUAGAAUCGUAUUUACAACUCAAUUGUGAACGAGGCUCGUGGAGAUGUCCUGUUUGCAAUAAACCUGCUCAGCUGGAAGGGCUAGAGGUCGACCAAUAUAUGUGGGGAAUCCUUAACACGCUCAACAGCUCCGAUGUCGAUGAAGUAACGAUUGACAGCGGAGCUAACUGGAAGGCAGCUAAGAGCCCCAACACCUCUGGCAUCAAGCAAGAAGACGAUAGCAACGACAACAGUAUUGGAAAGAGAGGUAAAGCGGUCUCACCGGGGUCUAUGAACAUGCCUACAAUGAACAACUGGGAUAUGAACCAAGCAUUGUCGCCGUACUUACCGCCAGACAUGAACACAAUCGCUAGCGGGUCUAUGAUCUCCUCGUACAACCAAAGUGGGCAGAACAGAAGUUCCAGCUCUAACAACCAGAACUACGACUUCGGAAUGAACAAUGGUCCUGGAAGUAAUGAAUUCGCUGGAAGCGGACCACUGUCGCAUCUGAAUGAUAGUGUCAAUUCUUUAGACCCGCUCAAUGCUAUGGAAAAGAGUCUGAACGAGCAGAUGCCGCACACCCCCCACACGCCGCACACGCCGGGCUCGGCGCACACGCCGGGCGGCGGCGGCGCGCACACGCCGGGCUCCUCGCACACGCCGGGCCCGCCCUCCGUCGGACACCACUCGCUCAACGACGUCGACAUACCAGCCGACCUCAACUUCGAUCCCGCAGCGGUCAUUGACGGCGAAGGCGCCGACAACCUUAACUUGUUGCCGGAGACGAGUGUAGACCCGAUGGAGCUGUUGUCGUACCUGGACGCGCCGGCGCUGGGCGAGCUGCUGGCCACGCCCCCCUCCUCCUCCUCCUCCGCGGGCUCGCACCCUCCGCGCGCGCCCUCCUCCGACGACCUGCUCGCGCUCUUCGAGUGAACACCACGCGACACCGCCUUAACGAACUCACUGUAGGUACACGAUUUACGUCAAACAGCUUUCAACUUCCACUGACGCGAUAAGUCGACCAUAGCUCCCGUCGCGUCACGAUUUCAUGAAGGUUAUUUGCAAAAUCGAUGGCCCCUACUCCGGUGACUCGUUACAAAAGCUCGGUUCGCCUGGAAUCCUGUGGCUUUGUUCCAACUCGCAUUUGAGCCGGGAAGCCCGACAUUGUGAUACUAGAUUUUAGUUCCUUCUCCGAUCGCGGCGAUGUUGCACGUUGCAGUAUGUAAUCGUUAGAUACUAACAGAAUCUCCGUCACCUUGUGAAGGUGCUCACCGCGUAGAGGAUUAUGUAGCAUGCAACGUCCGACAGGUCGCGUGACGUCGCGCGUUCAAACCGCGGCGCCGGAGAACAUUUAUUAGAUAUAUAGGUAAAGUAUUGGAGGCGAACGGCCAUAGACACUGCGGUGUUGUGCAAGUAUAGUUCCUCGCACCGCCGCACACACGGUGGCGCUAAUCAGCUCCUUUAUAUUCUAAACUCUAGCAUAAACUGUAACACAAAUUUUGAUUAAUUCAAGUUGGUCGAUGUAACGAUUAGAGAUUUGAUUUGUGAAUAUAAGAGGUGAGGUGUGUGUACAUAGCGUGAGUGGUGGUGUCGCGGUCCGCGGCGGUGUACAUAGGCGGGCGCGGAGACGGGCACGCUCGGAGGCAUUAUGAAUCUUAUAGUUCCUAUUGGAUGCGAGCGAGCUAUAAUGUUCAAUUGCCAUUUACUGUAAAAAUAUUCCUUGAAGUUUUCGUAUAUUCUGCAUUUUUAAAUGGUAAGAUAGGAUUCGUGAGUAUAACGCUACUCGCUUAUUGGGUGAUAUAUUCUAAAUGAAUUGUUUGAAAACAACAAUAAAUUGUAACAUAUAAGUUACAAAACUAUAUUGUAAAUGUGAGUGCAAAAAUGAACUCUGUUAAAUUAUUUUGCGUUAUGUGAAUCGAAGAAUGAUAUAAAUAUAUUUUAAUUUCUAUAUAAAUAAUAAUGAACUGUAUUAUUUGUAAAUAUGAUUCUAGUUAAGAAUAUUAUAUUAUCUAGUUAUUAUAUAGGAAAACAUGGCGGAUACUUAUAUGACGGCCAGUUUAGUAUAGUAUUACUAAAUUUAAAAAAAUCUACACAUGGUUUUACAUGUACAUACAUAUAAAAUACCAUAUAUACAAACUACUUACUAACAGAGUACAGAUACAGUUUAUUCAGAGUUUUAAUUCAUGAAACGAUCUUAUUACCACCCAAUUUUAUUUGUAGAAGCAAAACCUGUCAUCCUUAUAGUGUAAGCCCUUACAAAUAAUUGUACUUUUAAGUACUUAAUUCUUUAAAUGAAAUAAUUAAUUUAAUAUUUAUUAUAUCCUUCAGAUCAAAGAACUCUGAAACUGUUAUUCUAUACCUGCGUUUAAAUAAAUGAAUUAUCGUGUACAUAAUUGUAUUUCGUUCACAUAAUCUAUGUCUGUACUCUGUUAUGCUUCUCACAAGUGCAAACAGCCAAUAUAAAUAAAUUAGUCAAAUUUCUUUAAUCUAUGCUCAUCUUAAUUUCGUUGACUUGCUGUGCCCUGUUCAGUUGCGAACUUAAAGCAAUAAUAAAGUGCUUAUGCCCGUAUAGAGAAGUUUAUUUAAAUAAAUAGAUAUAGGUACAUAUUAUUUAUUAACACUAAACAGAUAAAAGGAAUGAAUUAUGAUGAGCAUUGAAUUAAAUGAAAUAAACUUGUUUCACAUAUUUUCAAAUGUUCGGUUCGGUUUUUCGAAGUGUAGUGGCGCUUAUGUUAAAGUAAAUUAUUGUUAUUACAUAAUUUUGAUACUACUUAGUGUUAUGUAUAGCGCAAAUUGUCAACAUUCGUGGAAAUUUUUUCUAAAUGGAAUUAAGUUCCCGUAAAAUUUUUAAAAAUCAUUAUUCCAUAAUUCAUUUAGGUGUUGUAAAUUUUCGAACAUAACUUACUGUUAAUAAAGUUUAAAAUAUAAACAGUUUAUAAAAUAUCUCUAACUUAGAGUUGUAUGUAAAACUGUCGAUUGUUUCACUAACUUGUGUAAAAAUUGGUGAUUUGCGCAUCUUUACUUCAUGCUAUGAAUAUGGACGCCUCUUUAGAGUUAGUCAAUCUAUUACGGAAAACAAUAAAAUUAGUAUUAUAUGAAGCCGUGGUCAAUUAACCAAACAAUUUGCUAUUUGCUUUGGAAGUUAUGAAUAUAUUGCUUCUUAUAGUUAAAAUUAUUGAUGCACUCGUCGCCGUUGCUGCGAACAGAGCAAUUGUUUGUCGAGUUGAUCACAGCUUUAAAUAAAUUACAUAAUUUUAAGGGACCUUCAAUUCCAGUUAGCUAGAUCUAUUUAUUGUAGUGAAUACUGCUGUAGGACGGAUCAUCACGAGGAUUUUUGGGUGACCAAAUAGUAAUUUUUUACAUGUUUACCUAUUUAAGGUAAUAAACAAAUUCGUUUAUAUAAAAUGGAAAAUAUCACAAAAAUUUAUAGCAUAUCACAUAAAAAAAAAAACAAAAAUCCGCACUGAGCGAUCCGUCCAAGUGAGUGAAUGAUUACAAUAUAUAUUUUGUUGAAUAUUAUAAUGAACUGCUGUGAGGUAGAUUUUAUGCAACUACAAAUAUAAGAUACAGCAUUUGGAAAUAAGUGAAAGAAGGAUUCUUAAUAAGACAAACGCAAACCAUGACUCAAGAGAUCAUGCAAAGCCAAACUGUAGCAUAUUUAACGUUUUCAAUAUAAUGUGAACAUUUUUAGCAAUCAGUUCGACACCCACUGAAUUCAUUUCGAAAUGUGUAAAAUGAAAAAAAAAUAACAUUUUUAUGUUAUUGAAAAUAAAAUGAAUUUAAAAAUUA